GACACAGCAAACGUGCGCGACAUCAGAUCUGUAGGAAAGGAGCCCAAACUCAGAUGGUCGUUCUGAUACAGCGGAAUCACAGAGAAGGGGUUGGUGGGGUGCAGCGAGUGACUGCCUCCGAUGCCUGGUGCUGUAGAUAGCAAGGCUUCAAUGCAAGUAUGGACAUAAAAGCCUAUGAUGAUUACUCCACUCCACCGCUUCAGAGAUAUUGAAAGGAAACCUGAAUACCUCCAGCCAGAAAAGUGUGUCCCACCUCCGAGCCGCGCUUCCCUGGGAACAAUGUGGUUUAUCCGAGAUGGCUGUGGUAUUGCAUGUGCUGUCGUGACCUGGAUGCUGGUGUUCUAUGCCGACUUUGUAGUCCUUCUUGUCAUGCUAGUUCCAUCGAGAGAUUAUGUUUAUAGUGUCAUCAAUGGCACGCUGUUCAACACCUUGGCUUUCCUCGCUUUGGCUUCACAUUUUCGUGCUAUGCUGACAGAUCCAGGUGCUGUGCCCAAAGGUAACGCCACAAAGGAGUUCAUCGAGAGUUUACAGCUAAAGCCAGGACAGGUGGUUUACAAGUGCCCAAAGUGCUGUAGCAUCAAACCUGACAGAGCACAUCACUGCAGUGUUUGCAAGAGGUGUAUUCGGAAAAUGGACCAUCACUGCCCGUGGGUCAAUAACUGUGUAGGAGAGAAUAACCAGAAGUACUUUGUACUGUUUACAAUGUAUAUAGCACUGAUUUCACUGCACGCUCUAAUCAUGGUGGGAUUUCACUUCUUGUAUUGCUUUGAAGAAGACUGGACAAAAUGCAGUUCCUUCUCUCCGCCAACCACAGUGAUUCUGCUCAUCCUCCUGUGUUUCGAGGCUCUCCUCUUCCUCAUCUUCACCUCUGUUAUGUUUGGGACCCAAGUACACUCCAUCUGCACCGACGAAACGGGUAUUGAGCGUCUUAAAAACCAGAAGCCAACCUGGGUGAAGAUCAGCGGCUGGGAAGGCAUGAAGCUGGCGUUCGGUGGCGCUUUCUCCUUGGGUUGGUUCAACCCCUUUUCAAACCUGAGCUGCGAGAGCCCGGGGCCGGCCGAAGCGGUGCCAGCGGCUCCGGCAUCUGCAAUAAUGACCCAAGAAGAAAUCGAGCAGUUCCUCGCUCGAGAUGUUGCCGUCCAAGUGUUAAAUGAGUAAGCGAAGGGCAUCAAGAGAGGUUUUCAGGUGGUUUUGUUUUUUGUUUUUUCUUUUUAAUAACUACUUUUCAGCUGGAGGUUGGUUUUUAACAUACUUUUGGUGCAUUAAAACGUUGGGGAGUAUUUAUCCGGAAGGCAGGUACAGCACUGGCAGAAGCAAUGCAAAUCUCCAGAGAAAGCUUUAGAAGUGAUGAGAUUCAUAAGCUCCUUUUCAGACCUGCAACAACUGCUUUAUUGAGCUUUUCUCACUUGGACUUUAAGGAAAGUUUAUAAUUGUCCCAUAGAUCGGUCCCAGCUCCCAGAAAUGAUGCAGUUGGAAGGAGUCUGGGUAAUCUCUUGUUCUUACUGCCUUUUGGAGGGGUAAAUAAGCCCCGUGUAAUGGCCAGACUAGCCCAGCUCUAAGGGUUUUGUUGAAAAAGUGUCUUUUUUAACUCAUCCCACGGAUGUUGCCUCUGGGUUAUGAAAACUGCUGGUGCUCACGUCUCAGCAGAGGUGGGACACCAGGCUGCGGGUGCAGCAGAUGGGCCAGCUUGCCCUGGUUGCAAUUCCUUUGGGCACCCAAACAUCUCCAGGGGUAGACGUUAACCCUCUGUGCUUGGGAGGCCGUCCAAGAUCGGUGGUGCUUGGCUGAGCGGCGUCGGUGGGAUGGUGGUGGUGCCGGCCCGGUGGGAACGUUCUCCUGUGGCUGGCACAGCUGAGAAUAGGCAAGUAUUGGCCAGGUUGCUGAGCUGCUGGUGGGGGAAGCUUUUGCCCAAGGUCUGUGGUUCGUUACCACCUAGGACAUGGACCAAGAGCUGCCUGGCUGAACUUUGUAGCCCAGAAAGGAGGCAGCUGGGUUCCUUCCACCAGCAAAGCCAAGAGAGAGGAGUGAGCACCCUGGUGGAGGUACUGGCUCUCUCCGUUCAGCUUGUCUAAUUUAGAUGUCUGUCUUUUUAUUUUGGUUUAUCCUCGAUAGCCAGAGUUAGCAGAGGAUGAAUGUUGCUUCUUAAUCUUACUGGCGUUUAACGCUGUCCUACUGGUACUUGGCAUCACGCGGGGUUUCCUUACGCUGGCUCUGCGGGCCAGCUCCUGGUGACCGUUGGUGGGCACGUAGAAGGAACCCACAUCGCUUGAGGAAGGUGUCACUGGAGGUGGCAAUGGCUCCGGCAAGGUCAUGCGGAGGUGACACUACCCACCGCAGUCAUACACACUGCAAACACUUGGCGUGCUCCAGGAGCCAAUUAGUGUACUUUUAAUUUAAACUGGUUUUCAAUUGUGGGUUAUUGUUUUGUUUUUUUUUAUUCUUGUCAUCUCCCUUAGCUUAAUUGUCAGUAAAUUUUGCAGAUUAUUUGAGACGUGCUCCUAGUUUUCCCCCACAGGACGUGCCUGACUUCAUCCCCCCCCCCUCCCCUGUAACGUGGACCAAAGAUAAUUGCUUCCUCUUGAAAGUAUGAGAAGGGAGUUUGGGGGGAUGAAAGCAUGGUAUUGUGGAAGACCUAGAUGAAGUUUUUAUUAUUUAUUGAAGCAAUACCAAAUGGAAUUUGUGCAAGAUUAUUUUUUUUCUUUUCUUUUUCCACCCCAAAAAAGCAUCUUAAUAAGUAUUAAUGGCGUGACGUUCAGGGCUACUGUGGAGGGAUGAGAUUCUCUCCUGACCUUGUGCUCUGCCACAGCAAUCCCUUUUUUCUGGCAAAGAGACUGGGAACAAACCAAGUGCUGUGACUGUUAGGAGCACAGCUUGGCUAAAACCCAGGGGAUAUUUCCAAACAGUUGUCCCAUCCCCUAUCCCUUCUAGAUGUUUCCACUUUGUCAAUGAGACAUAGAUUUAGGAGAAAAAAACACCAUGAAGAACUUGGUGUUUAUAAAAAUGUUUUAGGUAAAGGGAAAUACCCUGCAUUUGGGAGGAAUUGAGGUGUCCUCUCACGUCAUUUAGACAUGAGGUUUUGAAUGUCUUUGCCCUGUGCAGCAGUGUGGUGGGGAGGGAAGAAGCUCUCCUGCUUCUGUACCGGCCUAUGUUCUUCUCUGUUGGUGUCCCACAGGAAAGGGACAUCAGGGGCAUAUGCAGAUCUAUAAGGGAUUUCCUAUAGGGAGCAGUAAGGAUGUUGGAGGAGGAGAGGUAAAAGUGCCCUUUUUAGCUCAUGUUUUCUAAUUUUGGCCUCUGCAUCCAGUUAAUGUCCCAAUCUCCGGUGCCGUGUCUGCGGAGUGGGAAUGGUGCUACAGGGUCCUGGGGGGAGAAACCAGUGAUCGGUUGAAAAUCACCUUAAGGUGAGUGCGUGUGGGCAUCAGCUCAGGAGAGACCCCCUCACGCUGGGUUUUGGUGAUGCUUCUCGGGACGUGGACCCCCCACUGAAUGUGGCUUCGAUUAGGUGUGGAUGGAGGCAGCAUAUUACAUCCUCUACUCUCAAACCUGGUUCAGCUCGUCAGGAGGACAGGAGUCCUUUGCUUCUGUUUCCCACCUCUCAUGUUGUUCCUCAGGUGCUGGCAUCUCUGGGCCUUUUUUUUUUUUAAAUAAUUGAAAGAGAAAAGCAGUGUGAAGAGGGGGAGUGAGAGCCAGAACAGCCCUUUCCCCUCCUUCUCCAGUGCAGUUAUGGUCCAAGUGAGACAUGGGGACAUGUCCUUGUGCCCUACACAGAGCCAUGGGCAGCCAGCCCAGCCCUGGCUCUGGUGCCCCUCAAGUCCUUCUGGGCUGAUGUCCCACGUUCAGCAAACUGGUUCUGCUGGUGCGUCUUGGCUGUCAGUCUCCUUCAUCCCCUCUUCUUCUUCCUCCCCCAAGUCCCACCACCCCUCAGUGUAUCUCCUCCCUGUCUCAGUGUAGCGUAGCAACCAUCAGAAGUUGCAAAAGUCCUCAUGAGUCGGAAAAACUUGUUUUAUCCACAGCUCUAGCAUAAACCUCCUUUUAUGACUUCGUUUAAUGACUACCUGCUAGCUUGAGACCAAAUGGGAUUUUCAUGAAAUUGAAACCAAAUCCACCCUUUUCCUUCCCUUCCCUCCUCUCCUUGUGCUCCUUGCCCCUCGUUGAAUUGUGCCUUCAUCUUCAGGCCAUGCUGCUAAGGUCCCGGCCGGCUCGCCGGGCCCCAGGGAGGGUGCUCCUCGAGAGCGUUGGGUGGGCUGCCACCCUCUUGAGGUCCUAUCACCGCUCGGGCGUGAGGUGGUAAUACCUGAUGGACAGGGUGGUGGCAGAUGUGAAAAGCGUUCUUGGACUUCUUGUCCGGCGUCUUCUACAGCGGGUUUUCUAUGCAAGUAAAGAACUUACAUCUCUUGAAAAAAUAUAUAUAUUUUGCUGUUUGUAACUCAUUUUUACGCCUCUGGUUGCUAUUGUACUUAUUAAAGAACUAAUUUUUUCCAUCC